CGUAGUUUGCAAUUGGUUGCAAUCAGAGAUGCUGAUCAUUAUUCACCGGAGGGUGAAUAUAUCCGAUAUAUAAAGUGACAAGUUGCUAAUAUACCGUGGGUAAAUUGGCGGCAAGAUGAUUGUGAAUGGUACCUGCAUCAACAAGACUAACGGUCGUGUCGGCGCAACCUUCAUCAGCGUCUGGACCGGUGUGUCAAGUUUAGUAGCGGUCAUAUGGCUGGGCAGAUCCAUGUACAAACAACGACAAUUUUCCCAGCCGAAAUUUGUUGCUUUGGUUGUUUGCUUCAGUGAUUUGAUGUAUUCAGGAAUAAGCAAUUCGCAGUUAGUUGCAAUGACAUGGCUUGGAUACUGUGUUAUGGGAGGAUUUCAAGGAUGCAUCCUGCGGGGUUUUGCCAGAAAUUCCACCAUGGUGGGUUCUCACUUUAUGGUGGUUCUCUUGGCAACAGAAAGAUUCAUUGCCUUGCGGUUUCCAUUUCGAUACCAGCAGCUUAUGACACCUAAGAAGGUGGUGAUUGUGGCGGUCAGUUUGUACCUGUAUGCGAUCUUCCUUGCGACCUUGCCAUUAAUGGGAGUGAACAAAUAUGGAUAUCAAACGUGGUGCGACUUCUUUUGGAACGACACUUCUCCCGAGGGCAGAUUCUUUGUCAUUUUGUACCUUUUACAAGGAAUGGGUUGCAUGCUGUAUACAGUAUUUUGUAAUAUCAGUGUGGUACACGAAUUGCUUGCAAUAAGGCGGAGAAUUGGACCAGGAUCCAAAGUUAUAUCAUUCAAAGAGAAGCUCGACCAUUUCAAGUUCAUGGCAAUCAUGACGUUUGUUUCCGUUGCUUAUAUUGUGUGUUCAACACCAUAUCUGGUAAGACUUGCAUGCAAUCAGUUUGGCUUCAAUUUAUCAGUGACCAAAGACUUUGAUGCUGUGAGGAUGUACAUAGUCAACAACAUGACCAAUUCCUACUUUAUUUUAUUCAUCCAAGCUUUGUUCCAUCCUAAAAUAAUAAACAAAUUUCGCGCUUGCUGUAGACGGAAUGAACAAGAAAUUGAAACAAACGCGAGAAAUACCCAGUCUUCUGAAGUUGUCUGACAAACAUAGUAAUGAACCUAAGAGUGAUGGCUACACUUUUAUCGUUCAUAAUUGAUUUUUAUGUUUUUUUUUCUCUGUUCUGAAUCUAAUUGAGAAACUUGGAAUGUCAUUAUCAUUAGAGUUUGCAGUAAAACAAACUUGUUGUAUGUAUACAAUUAUAUAUAUGAUUUUUCCUUGGUUUGCUUGAUAAGUAUAUUUUGUCAUACAAAAAAAAUCUUUUUUGAAGUAUUUAAGUUAGUCCAUCCAUAACUAAGGUGAAUUUAACAAUUUUGAUUGAUCUAUACUACAUCAAAUAC